AUGGGGAGCGACGACUUCCGCGAGUCGUUCCUGUACAAGCUGGGCUACAUUCACGUCAUGAUCGGGCUGGGCUUCGGCUUCCACAACAAGGGCAAGCCGAUGACGAUUGCGGAGCUGAAGAAGGAGUUCCCGGGACCGAUUAUUGCGAAUGUUGGAUUCGACGCCGACUCGGCAGAGAGGGAGCUGUCCGAGGGCGGCGCAGACUUGGUCGCGUUUGGAAGGCCGUUCCUCUCAAAUCCGGAUUUGGUCGAGAAGAUGCAGGAGGGGAGGGAAUUACGCCCGAUGCUUCCGAUGGAAUAUUGGUACACGAGUAAGGAAAAUGUAUGGACCAGUGAGGGCUACACAGACCUUAGCGUUAUGGAUGAACCGGUACAGGCAAAGGAAUAGAUGUGGUAGUUUCCUUCUAGAAGUCCGUGUCGAUUUUAAUUUUGAUUGCAGAAUCCUAAAUGCCGAUGUUUUCAUACACAUCAAGCCUUUUUGUGUGUGUAUCUUUUCGU